CUUCAGCACAGCAGUCGGCAAAUAUGGCGUCUCUGUGUGUGUGGCUGUGAAGAAACAACAACAAACAGCAACAAAUAUAUGAUUUUAGUGUGCUGCUUACGUAACGAUUUAUCUGUUUCUCCGGAAGAGUAUUUUUUUCUGUUUUCUGGCCCUGGUCUGUCCGUAAACGUCAUAAUGGAAACAGAGGAGCAGGCUAGAAACCGUUUCCAGUCAGAGCUUGAGUUCAUCCAGUGUUUGGCAAACCCCAACUACCUCAACUUUUUGGCUCAGAGAGGUUUCCUGAGGGAGCGUCCCUUCAUUAACUACCUGAAGUACCUGCUGUAUUGGAAGGAACCAGAGUACGCAAAGUUCCUCAAGUAUCCUCACUGCCUUCACAUGUUGGAGCUGCUGCAGUACGAACAUUUCAGGAAGGAGCUGGUCAACGCUCAAUGCGCCAAGUUCAUCGAUGAGCAGCAGCUGCUUCACUGGCAGCAUUACUCGAGGAAACGCACUCGUCUGCAGCAGGCGUUGGCCGAGCAGCAGCAGCCUCAGCAGCAGCCGCCACCGCACGGGAACGCCGCCACCAAGUGACGACCAUUCAACCGAAGGCAUGACUGUAAAUAACUACCUACCACAGACUCUGGAGUUCAUCCUCCUUUAACAUAAAUAUGAAAUGGAAACAUGUUGUGACACAGCAAGACCACGAGGAGCAUCUGAGACUCUUUGAAGGGUUGGAGUCAAACCUGUCACUGUGGCAUCAACUUCUACAUUUAAUUUCCACCUUUGAUUUUCUUUGGACACCAUUAGUUAGACUUAUUUGUCUGCUUUCUCUUUGUUUUUAAUAAAAUAUUUGAAGUUGUC